AUGGCCAAAAGAAAGCGCCCCCGCUCCCGCUCCCAACAAGACGGUGAUUCAGGUGAUCCUCAAGCUGCCAAAAGGACGAGACAUUCGGUGCCGGAGCUUCCAAAGUUUAGGAUAUCACUCCUGGAGAACAAUUUACCAGCGUCCAUAUAUGUUCGUGUUUCGGAAAAUCGAAUGGACCUUCUCAGGGCUGUGAUCAUUGGGCCUCAGGGAACACCCUACCAUGAUGGCCUUUUCUUCUUUGAUGCUCAAUUCACUGCUAGCUAUCCAGCGACUCCUCCAGUGGUAUACUAUCAUUCUGGAGGACUUCGGCUCAAUCCAAAUUUGUAUGACUGUGGAACAGUCUGCCUUAGCCUCCUGGGAACCUGGCAUGGUAACGGCUGUGAGAAUUGGAACUCAGCUCACUCAACCAUGCUACAGGUGCUGAUCUCCAUUCAAGGUCUCGUAUUGAAUGAAAAGCCAUACUUCAAUGAGCCAGGAUACGAGACCGAAGUCAACGAUGCUAAUGGACCGAGGAGGUCUUUGGAGUAUAAUGAUACAGCAUUUCAGCACUCGUGUAGAACAAUGUUGUACUCACUCCGUAGGCCUCCACAGCACUUUGAAGAUCUUGUUGCUGGCCACUUUCGUGAACGUGGCCAUGCCAUUCUGAAUGCAUGCAAAUAUUACAUGGAAGGUAACGAAGUUGGGUCCGUAGUUCCUGAUGAGGGCAAGGAGCUGGAAAAUGCAAAUGCUGAAGGAUCCAGCAACAGCAACGCAGUGAAGCCAAAGAAAUGUGCAGGUGCAGGUCGACGAACCGCAUCCUUCAAGGCUGACACGAAGGUUCUGUUUGAAGAGCUCCUGGUGGAAUUCAAUGUGAAGGGUGCCGACACCAAGAAGUUCUGUGCUGAGAAGUCGAAGAAGCCGCGUCAAAAAAAGAAGAAGUUGAAGAAGAGCCAGCCUGCUGCUGCUUGAAGGAUGCAGCUGAAGCAGCAGCAGAUCCUAGCAACUGUUGCGAUUUAAUUGUUCAUGAUAUCCUCCUAACAUUUGAUCCUACAUGCCAAUGUAGGAAUUAACAGAGCAUGUCAAUGCAUUUUGAAGGAUGGAACAUUAGUUCCUGCUAGUCAAUAUCAGUUGGUGGGUGGCAAGCUGAUUAGUGGUACCACUCUUUGUAAUGUUGCUGCGCCACAUCAGCCUAGAAUCGUUCAAUGUUCUGGGAAAGUAUCUACUGCUCCCGCACCUUUAGCUGCCACUACCACCUACCAUUGCACAAUGAACACACCAUCAUAACUAUCGGCAAAUUAUCACCAUUUUUGAGCUCUGACGGAACAAUAGGAAGACAGGUCCCUAUCUAUCUGAGUGUAUCAAACUACUAGUUUGAACAUACUGAGCACACACACUUAAAGAAACUGCACACACAAUUCAAGCUAUCCGUGUGAACGUCCCAUAAUACGCUACAGCUGAAUACCCCUCCCAAAUCAUAAGCAUUUCGAGCACGAGCAGCCAGCCAGCCAUCGGAAAACCGAGCUCUGUGCUACCACGGAUGUGUUUCUGCACGACGUUAUGGUAGCAAUUGGCAACCACAAAGUCACCUAGCCACUAGCCACAGUAUAAUUGAUGUACCCAAAAGUCCACAGCACAUAUAUACAUUGCUCGAAAUGCAGGUUGAUGAACAAUCAACCUGCCAGUGGUGAAGAAUCCACGGCACGCAAUUCAAUCUAUAUUUCUCAGGCGGUAAAAAACAUUGAUGAACAAUCAAAAUUAAGCA